CUGUAGGGAAAGUCCCCGGACGCGUGAGGUCCAUGCGAAAUGCCUGGCUCUAUCAUCCACACGGCCUAGCUUGCAGGCAGCCAUCAUCAUCAAUAAGUCUCUCCUCGCCGGUCCGAACCCACCCGAUGCCUCGUUCCAGGGACUGCACCGAAGGAAGCAAAGCCGGCAAGAGAUGCUCAUGUCCCCGUCAGUCAGCUCGCAUACCUAGUCUCGCGCCCGUCAGCGGCCGGGGCUCUGUUCAGCUCCGUGUGCUGCGUUAUCGCACGCUCUGCGUCGGAAAGCGUCUCCCUCUCCAAUGACCCAAGGUCAGAGAGAACAGAGCGUAGAGCUGGGCAGUCAGGACGACUUGACUCGACAGGGCUUGAGCGGGAGGCUUUGCGUCCGCAGUCACUCAACCUGGGCGAGGCAGCUUGAGGGUGUCUUGGUUUGGGAGGCGAGUAGCAGAGCACGGAAUUGUGCAUGGAGCUCUGGUCUUGAUGACGGCUCGUCGUUCGAUGCCGAGUUCUUCAACGCCUGCCACUCUCCGGAGUCGGCAUUCCGUUUUCACCACAGCCAGGCUAGGCGUACAGGGCGACAUCGGCGUGCUGCCUCGAGAAGCUCGGUAGACCUUACGCGAAGAAGUCCCUCUCCUCGAUUCGUCGUGGAGGGAGUGGGACGAGCGAUGGUCUUGCCCCUCUCUGGACCUUUGAUGGUCAAUGGCGCAAUUCUGAUCCGUCCACCUCGCCGCUCGCUACGUUGGCUUCACUGUUCGUCACUCCUCCAAGGGCGCGCUCAGGCGUUGCUCUUCGAUCCAUAGUCAUGCGGUCGCCGAGUCGUCUUCGUGCGACGCGGUAACUCAACGGGGCUUACUCUUGUCGUCGUCUCUGGGACCCACACACCAGUCUUAGCAGUUGCGCUGCAAGGGAGAGGAGCUUGAGCAUGA